UUCCUACCAAUCUUUUAUCUUGUGUCUUCCUCUUCAAUCUAUGAUUUUUCCCUCCUUUCUCUCUCUAUUCUAUAGUCUCCAAUCUACUACAGUCCCUUCAGUACAGACCCAGAUAUUCCUCCCUCUCAUACUUGUCUUUCCUUCCCCAAACGGAGCUCUACUCUAUGAAUAUUAAAUGCUACACUUCAUAGCAAGGAAAACGUGUCAGUCCAUUCGUAUCAAGAGAUGAUAGAGCGCCUCCUUUGGUCAUCAUUAGUAGUAGUAGUAGUAGUAGUACUGACGUUCCUGGUCCCGGCCAGAGCCACAGGUGACAAGAUACAGUGUGUAGCUGAUGAUGGUAAUCAUGAGUGUACUGAAACUUCAUCUUGUGACUUUGACAAUCAGAAUAAUUUAGAAUAUCCAGAGUGUCCUAAUUCUGUUGAAACAGGUGUUCCAUCAUACAAAUAUGCAUUUGGUUCUCCGCCAUAUUGUAGCAAAUGUAGUAAUUCUCGUAUAUCAUCUGGUCCUCCUAAUGAGGUUCAAGUACACAUGAGACCGUUUAACAACGACUACUUUAUUGUAAAUGUCUCAUGGAUCGUAGUUCAUGAUUCUUUAGUUCACGGUUACAUUAUUCAGUUGGAAGCUAAAUCCUUUAAUGGUGAGAAUAAUCCGCCUUCAGAAAAAGGCUGUCACUGCAUUCAAGGAAAGCAAACAACUCAUCAAGCAUUUUACAUGGAGUACAGCUAUGAUAAGGUUCUAAGCACUUGUGAAAAACUACGUCAUUUCGUAACAAAAGUUGGCACAACUUAUAAUGGUGACUACCAACCAGUUGAUAAAUAUUGGCCCACCAACUGUUAUAACUUCUCUUUAGACUUGGAUGAGUUGAGACGGAUCUGUGGGCCAAGAACUCCUCAGCCAGUGAGAGAGAUCAGGGCUUUCUCUGAGUUUUUUAAUAACUCCGAUAACAUUUCCAUUAAAUUUGAAUGGGACAUUCCACCUGAUGCCUACCCGAAUUAUCCACUGACUUAUUACUUAGAUGUAUACUUUGACCCUAAAAGUUUAAAUGUUGUAGGAUCAUACAAGACACAUAAUAGCACAUCAGUGACAUUGUCACCACUGUCUAGGAACUUAACUUAUAUUUUUGUGAUUACUACUUAUCAACCUGAGUUGUGCACUUUUGAUAACUGCAAAAAUUACGUCUGUAGCAGUCACACUCAUAUUGAAUAUACGCCAUUCAUACCCACUGAAGACUCUUCAUCAUCCAUUGUAAUGUCAUCAUCACAGUUAAUCACGCUAUCAAGCAGUCCUUCAGUUGUACAUACUCCUUCUAACACAAUACUUGUAACUACUCCGUCCUCUGUUCAUCAAAAUGGAGACAAGUCAAUUAAAGUUGUGGCUUCUGUUGGCAGUAGUCUAACCGUUGUCCUUAUACUAGCGCUAAUCACAUUAGCCCUAGUAGUAUCAGGUAUCUAUUGUACUAAGAAGAGUGCCCCCUCCUCUCCCUCUCCUAUCCCGUCCACCAUCUAUUCCUCCAGUGAUGAGGGAGGUCGCUCCACUCCCAUGUCUCCUAGUUCAGUUUUGACUUUUAUGGAAGUUUACGAAGCCAUUUUGAUUGAGUCCAAGCAGACUCCUAUUGAAGAUCGUGAAGCUGCUAUCCAGUAUUUGUGCACAGAGAAGUAUCUUGGGAAGUACGUUCGAGUUGGUUAUCUCGACAGAUAUGAACAGAUCACUCCUGCCGAAUGGCUCCAACAAAUGGAUGCCAUUCCGAAGAUUAUUUGUGUCGUGAAUGAGUGGUUUCACAGAGAGUGGAUACGCGAAACUCCUGGUACGCUGGUCGCCGCUUUAAAGACGAUGGUAGUCGCCAUGGUGCAUAGUCAGAGACAGAAUCUAUCCUCUAAAUUUGUUCUCUUCUUCUUAGAGAAUGGUGACGAGGUAUAUGUACCCGACUACCUGAACGCAGUUAACGCCAGGUUUUACUUUGCAGAUCAAGAUAUUGUUGGACUUGCACACUACAUAACGGGAGUAAGGGAGUUUGAGUUCCCCACCCAUCACACAGUUACUGUUGCCAUAGAUGCCGUGACAAAUGGAUCUAACACUUCAAUUGCAUGAUAAUAAUACAUGACCUACGCUCUCUCUUCUAUCUUUUUUAUCUUUCCUCUCCAUUUUUCUACAUUGUGUUAACUUAUUUUGUGUAUGUAUAUAUGUAUCUAUUUGUUGUUGUUGAGUGUGUUUAUAUGCAGUGUGAUUGUGUGAAUAACCAUUUAUAUAUUUUUGGCAAUAAUUAUAUUAUUAUAAUUGUUUUUUUAACAUGAAAAGUUAAUAAUAAAGAUUAAA